AUAAGCUGACAGUACUUUUCAAACGCAUCAGUUUGCAACACAAUGCAGAAGGUGGCAGUUAAACUAAUUUUCCUCCUGGUUCAUUUGAGCCUUGGAUGGACAAGUGAGAAACACUCGGUCGUUGUGAGUCCUGGAAAUCCAUUAAAAUUGGCCAUUGAUUCGACUCCUUUUGUCAAGAUCAAUGAUGGUUACUAUUAUUUUGGAGCGGAGAGAGUGAAUUGGUACAUUGGAUAUGAGAAUUGCCGGAAAUUGGGAGCCGAACUGGUGACUUUUGAGACCGCCGAAGAGUUUGACGCCAUUUCUGGGUAUUUGAAAGGCAAGGGAGAACGCACAGAGCACUGGACCUCCGGCAACGACCUAGGCAAAACUGGAAAACACAAUUGGUUUUCCAAUGCUCAGCCGAUAGAUAUCAAAAAAUGGGCUCCAAGGCAACCAGAUAAUGCUGGAGGAAAAGAACAUUGCAUACAUUUGGGUUACAUCUACAAGGAUUCAACGGACAUUCAGCUCAACGAUCGUCCUUGCAGUAACGAUGGUAACAGCCUAUUUAAAUAUGUUUGCGAAGCUCCCAAACAGGAAACUAUUUCUAUUCUUGUAUGGAAAUAAAGACCUUCAAUAAAUUUUAAUAUAUAUCGUAAACGACCUAGAACAAGCAGAACAAGCUUGCAUUUUUAAGCUACAGAGCUUUGCUUACCGGGUAUGUAACUAUAUUUCAACAUCUAAAAAAAUAUGUACUAUAUACUUUAUUGUCAGUCGAAAAUAAAAUGAAAGCCUCGCGUGCAUUCACUUCAAUUAAUUAUUCAAA